AUGGCAAGAGAAGUACCCGCUGUGAUAUGGAAGGAGGACGAGAUCGACUUCUUUGGCACGGCCGUCCCUGUCUACUUGCCAAACUCUAUCACUCGCCAUGAGCUCGAAAACAUGAAGGCCUUCAAGGACUGGAAGACGACUCUGCACGCCAACCUCGCCUUGCAAGAGUCCAAGGACCAUGCGUUUCACGCGCACCCUUACAGCCUUAGAGCAAUCGAGGUCAAAUCAGUUACGAAGUUUCCGACUGGCAGAGUAGGCUUCAUCAAGAUCGACGCCGCCGUUGAGCGUGACUCUUUUCCCGGUGAUGACCAACGUCGCAUCUCAAAAUCACUUCCUGGUACGGCCUUUUUGAGAGGUGGAAGUGUGGCCAUGCUCAUGAUCCUGCGACCAAAAGACUCAAGAGACGAGCGGUAUGUCAUCUUGACCGAGCAGCCACGUCUUCCAGCAGGGUCACUGCAGUUCCUGGAAAUACCAGCCGGGAUGCUGGACGACUCGGACCACUUCUCGGGCCAGGCUGCCAAGGAGAUCGAGGAAGAAACAGGCUUCAAGAUCCCCCUGAGUGAACUCAUCGACAUGACCAAACUAGCCCUGGCCAACUCAGAUCACCCAGAGAAGAGCCUCCAGGCAGCCAUGUACCCCAGCCCCGGAGGCUGCGACGAGUACAUUGCGCUGUUUCUGUGGGAGAAAGAACUUGACCGGCAAGAGAUCGAGGAUCUCAGGGGAAGACUUACCGGAGAGAGGACCCAGGACGAAAUGAUUACCCUUCAUGUCAAGGAAUACGAAGCUCUUUGGAGGGACGGGGCCCGGGACGCAAAGACGCUGGCUGCUUGGGCGUUGUACGAGGGUUUGAACAGGUCGGGUGAGCUACAGAAAUACCAGAAGCGGAAAAGGGAAAGCACCGGGAGCAACCAGUCGUCUCAGGAACAGGCUAGGCGCACAAAGGUGUCCAAGAGAUGA